AUGACCUAUUCAUAUUUGAACGCUGCUAGAAAGAUCAUAUGCAUUGGUAGAAACUAUGCUGCGCAUAUCAAGGAACUAAACAAUCCAUUCCCAAAACAACCCUUCUUCUUUCUAAAGCCCUCUUCGAGCAUCGUCACUCCACUAGCAACAGAAGAACUUAGGAAAGCAUUCAAAGUGACUGGUUCUACUUACAAAGGUUUGGAAGCUGACGGAUCGAACCCAGGGGCUAUAUUGAUACCGGAAGGAGUCAAGGUGCACCAUGAAGUUGAAUUGGCCCUCAUCAUGAGUAAGCACGUGUCGAACGCUUCCAAAGACACUUUUGGUCCUAAGGACUUGUACGAUUCGAUAGCAGGUGUGGCACUUUCCUUAGACUUGACAGCUCGCAACGUUCAAGACGAAGCUAAGAAAAAGGGCUUGCCCUGGUCUAUCGGAAAGGGGUUUGACACUUUUCUGCCUAUAUCGGGUUUUAUUCCCAAAGAGCUCCUCUCCCACAAGGAUAAUUUGCAGGACACGUUCCGCCUUAAGUGUGAGGUCAACGGCACAACGAAACAAGAUGGUACCACAGAUCUGAUGUUGACGCCUUUGCACACUAUAGUGCAACACAUUUCGACCAUGAUGUCAUUAGAGCCAGGUGAUAUUGUCUUGACUGGGACGCCCUCUGGUGUGGGGGAACUGAGGCCCGGUGAUAUUAUAAAAUCAGAAUUGUUCCAAGGUGAGAACUUACUCAUGGAAAUGACUUUUGACUGUGCCCAAAAGCCAGGGCCCUAUGUGUAUAGAGAAACGUAG